AAUCAAAUGAGUAUUUAGGCUGUAAAUUAUGAGGUCGAAGAUAUGGGAAGGUAUUUCAAAUCGUAAAUUAAAAAAUGAAAUAAUUUGUAGGUCAAAAAAGAAAUACAAAUGGACAUUUAUGUUGGAAGAUAAGUAACAUAUGUUGGAAUUAGAAUUUUCAUAUCUAAGUGGAAAAAGAAAAUUAGUAUUGGAUGCUAGAGUACUUCAUGAAAGCAUGUAAAUUUGAAAUCUAUAUUAAUCAGGAUGCUCACUUCCUCGUUUUAAUAUCCCUUUACUCUUGAAGGAUUUGCAUUAAAUGUUAUUUAACAAGGUGAUGCAUUUGAAUUGAGAAUUAAUAAUAAAGUCUUCUCACAUCUAUACACUUAAUGUAAUACUUAUAUAUCAUCAAAUAGAAAAAACUUAGAAUGAGUUUGUGUACGAAGAGAAACUUAAUACCAAUAACAAAACAGAUAACUUUUAUUCUGAGCCUCCAAAUUUUAAUACUCAAUUUUCCAAUAAUAAUUUUCAAAACAAUUCAUAGUACAUUAUUAUAUCAUUCUAUUUCAUUAGGAAAAUUAAUUUAAAUAUUAAAUUUGAUAAUUCUAAAGAUAAUAAUCCUAUCUAGUCAAAACCUAUUACUUCAUAAUCCAUUAAGUCUAAUUAUAUUUUUUAUUCUAGAACAUCAACUGCAUUUGGAUAACCAGGUGCAUUUGAAGAAUUUGAAUAAUUUGGUUAGGUAUCAAAGACGAAUAAUAAUCCAUUUGGAGAUGCAUUUUCAUAAUCUGGAUUUUCAUAAGGUUCCACUGCUCAAACAAAUUAAUAAUAAAAAAGUUUUAUUUUUUUAUAUAAUUUUAUAGAAGUUGAUUUAUUAAAUUUAGAUGAUGAUGUACCAUAAUAACAACAAUAAAAAUAAGUUGUGACAUCAGAAUUAGAUCCAUUUUUUAAUUAACAAUAAUAAUAAUAAUAAUCGUAAUCUUAAUAAUAAUAAUAAUCAUAAUCAUAAUAGUAAUAAUAAUAAAUUAUUUAAACAACUUAAUAACCAAAUUUAUUUGAUGCUUUUGGUAGUAAUAGUUGGAAUUAAUAAUAGACUUAACAAUAGUAAUCAUAAUAGUAAAAUAUAUAUUAAUAAACAAAUUAAAUUUCAUCAGCAUUUGAGUAUUUAAUUAAUUUAUCUAAUUUUAGUUCUUUUAAUUAAGUAGGACAAAUAGGAUAAGUUGGAUAAAUAGGUUAGAUUCCUUCAUAAUAAGGAUUUUAAAAUUAAUAACCUUUUGGAUAGGGAUUUUAAUAAGCUCCUCCAUAAUAAUAAAAUUUAAAUAUUUUGAAUCUUUAUGGAAAUCAAUAACCAAUAGUUGGAAAUUUAGCUUAUACAGCAUUUCCUUAAGUUCAAUAAUAUAAUUAGCCAAUUCCUUAAUCAUAGCCUACUCCAUUUGAUCUAUUCAAAUGA